UCAUCGGGAACUUCGCCAGACUGCCACGACUUUUCAAAUAUGGUGGAGAGAGGUUUAGCAACUGCAUCCGCCAGUUCUUUCAGGACCCGCGGAUGUAUUCCGUCGGGUCUGCUUAUCAAAGUGCAAUUGUUCUAUUUCUUCUAGUUCCUCCACCAAGGCAGCUUGUAAUAAAAUCUGAAAAUUUUAAAACUACCUUGCACUGGAAGUACCCACCGAUGUCUGAAACGCCUCGUUUUAUUGUGGAAAUCAAACCUUACUAUGUAGGUUACUAUAAGAUCGUCUCAACCUGUGUGAACAUUUCAGCUCAUUUUUGUGACCUCUCAAGGGAAAUAUAUAAGCCUUUUGACUCUCACUGGCUUCGAGUUAAAGCUGUUGUUGGGUCACAACAAUCUGAGUAUGUUGAGACGGAAGAGUUUAUUUUGCAAAAGCAUGGAAAAAUAGGACCACCGAAACUGAAUCUCUCAAGGCAUGGUGAUACAAUCAUGGUUGAUAUUUACCAUCCUGCGUUACCGUCUGUGGAGCUUCAUCCUUGGAUCGAAGAGCUUUGUUUAAGCCUCAUAUACUUGGUGACUUUUUGGGAUAGUAAAAAUCAGACUGAAGGAAAUUUCACUGCAGACAACUGUACGAUGUAUAAAUGUGUCCUUGAGAUCCCAGUUCCUACUGAAGGUUCCACUUACUGUGUGUCAGCCCAGGGAAGUUUAUAUGAUCAUCUGAUGGUUAGCACCCCAUCAGAAGAAAGCUGCAUUCAUGUUCCUCUCGAACAGACAUUGAGCACGCAAUAUAUCAUCAUUCUGUGUGUUAUUCUGAGCCUGAGUCUAAUGUUGACAGUAUGUUAUGGCUGCAAGAAACUAAGGAAGAAGAACAUAAAGCUGCCUAAGUCUUUGGUCAGUGUGAUAAGAAACCUGAAUUCAGACAACAUUCCUGAAUCAAAAUCAGAGGCAAAGUAUGUAUCUGUAAUAAGCGUCAUGUCGGGCCAGUCAGUGUUGCCAGGGAAUGAUGAAGUAACCUCACUGGAGGUAGAACCAAAAGACGAAACUCUUAGUCCUGAGAAUUCCAGUGAAGGAGCACCUUUUGUUCCUCUCCCAGAGGCGCCAGCCAAAGCAGAAGAGGUGUCUGUACAGGAAAGCACAGAGGGUGUAUCUUACGAUGAUGAACAGAAUUGCAAGGUAAAAGAGAGUUACUUCAUUUCUGACAGUAGCCAAAUGGAUAUAUGCAGUAAUUCUUCGGGUCCAGAUGUUUCUGCCACGGAAAUACAACAAACAGUCGUUCCAAGCAGCUGUCUCAAGUUUUCUGGCUAUGACAAGCCUCAUGUUCCAUUAGAUAUGUUGAUAGAUGUUGGUGAAGAACAGCCUGUGAUUGCUUACAGGCCGACUGACUGA